AUGAUGGAAACAGAGCAGCCCGCCAUUCGAAUCGCUACGGCUACUCGAACAUUUGAAGGUCAUGACAAUAGUGUCUUUGCAGUUGCAGUCUUCCCCGAUAGACGCCGUAUGGUGACGGCCUCGUACGACAAGACACUUCGUCUGUGGGACUUAGAUGGCGGUGUUGUGUUGAAGAUAAUUGAAGGGCAUCGCUUCGGCGUAUACACAGUUGCAGUAUCAAGAGACGGGCAAUUCAUAGCAAGCGGUGAUGAUGGUGGAGAGCUCAUAGCCUGGAACAGAGACGGCGAAUCUCUCAUCAAACCCAUCAAAGUGCAAGGAGAUUCAAUCAAUUGUGGGACUGGCGCUCAAAUCACCUGCGUUCGGUAUUCACCAUCUGGUGAACAUCUUGCUAUCGCAACAAAGCUCAAUAUCCAAAUAUGGAAUUCAUCCAAGAGAGAAUGCAUCGCAAAGUUCCAGGGUCACUCUGCGUUCAAUGAAGCAUGGAAUCUUUCACUCGUGUGGACGCCCGAUGGCAAACAGCUUGUUUCGGCUGGUAACACACUUGAUCCCACCCUACGGAUAUGGGAUUCAUUGACCUGGACGCAGGUUGGUGAGCCCUACAAGGGCCAUACUGACAGUGUCUACAUGAUUGCCUUGAACCCUACUGGCACCAUCAUCGCAUCCGCAUCUUACGACCUCCAGGUUCGUCUUUGGCGGCUUUCGGAUCGAAGAACCAUCGCCAUAUUUAAGCACCCCAAUAAGGUGUAUUGUGUCGCCUUCUCCACGGAUGGCAAGCACAUCUUGAGCGGAGGAAAAGAUUGUACAAUCUCAAAGUGGGCAGUACCUUUCGUGGAGGACAUUCCAGAGGACCAGCAAUUAGAUGACGCGUUACGGAAAGACACUUUGAAGGAACAAGUGGCAGAUAGUAACGCUCAACAGUCUGACUGCGAGGCAUCCCGCAAUGCAUGCAUAAGUGGGGACUUGCUCGCUGCUGACAGGAUUUUAACACAAGAUAUCAAUGCGGAUGGCAACGACUACAACUCUUAUGCGAAUCGCUCGUUUGUCAAGGCAAGAAAUUCAGACUGGGACUCUGCACUUGAUGAUGCGCACAAAAGCAUCGGUAUUCAGCCAUCCUUAAUGGGCUGUAUCUCGAAGGGCAUCGGCCACUGUGGAAAACGACAGUUCCAAGAUGCGAUGAAAGCAUUUGACCUCGCCUUCAUGUACGUGGACGCAGACUUGGGUAAAACUCGUCUGCUACUCUUGAUUAAGGCCAUCGCCCUUUUCAAUGCAAAUCAACACGACGAGGCCAUUCUGCGCGUCCAAGAGCUAGCUGCCACUCGUCCUGAUCCAAAUUCUCUUGCGUGUGGUAUCGUGGAAGCUUAUCUACACUUCCAAAUGGGAAUGAAUGCAUUAGACAACGCACGUCACAAUGAAGCGGCUGACCACUUCACUGCUGCUGUCAACACCAUUGGUUUCUCGUCUAUGUCGGCCACUCAUUCUAGAUAUGAUGUCUUCGUGGUGUUAUUCGGGUGGGACCUCGAGUCCUUGUGGCGAACUGCACACCAGAAUUGGUGCCAUUUGUUGCUUCGGUCAGGUAGACUUCCAGAAGCCAUAAAAGCAUACCGAUUCAUGAUGGAUAAGGCUGAUGAGGCUACGAAGGCACGAUGCCUUGAUUGGUCCACCGGCAAUGUGCUCUAUGCUUCCGCUGGAGUGGCUGACCUUACUGCGAGCGGAGAUACUGCCCUCGCUGCAGGCGAUUACGACAGGGCUAUCGAGCUCUACUCUGCGGCGAUCGACCUCGAUUUGGCAACCGCCACAAUUUUUGCGAACCGUAGUAAGGCGAGGUCGGGAAAAAUGCUAUGGGAUGAUGCACUCCCUGAUGCAGAGAAGGUGAUCGAACUUGACCCCUCAUCUUACUUUGGAUAUCAGUUGAAGCAUACAGUACUUCACGGCGCACACCGAUAUGACGAAGCAAUCGACGCAUUCCAAACCAUGCUCUCCAAGUUGGAAAAUGCUGCUGACACACAAACGCACAGGCUGCGCCAACAAUACCUUAAUCCAUCCAAAGCAGAAGGAGUUAUUCAACAGACCAUCAAGGAUCACCUCGAUGACGCCCCGCAUCGUAUGCUGAAUACCUUUACUGGGCGCUUAUGCGAUCGACAGGCACAGAUUGGUGCUUUCAAAACGAGCACAGAGUACAAGGAGCUUUUGUCAUCGACAUUGAUGCACGCAGAACUCCCAAUGGAGCGCAUUAAAGAUGUGGUGGCGACGUACUUCUGUUGUGUCACGCUGUCGCAUCGGUGGGAAGGAAUUGAACCGCUGCUGCACGACGUCCAGGACAAGGUCGUGGAUGAGUUGAAUUCAGUUGGGGGCAUCAUGAAGUUGCAGUCUUUCUGUAAAACUGCUCGUGCUGCGGGGUAUCGCUGGGGGUGGAUUGAUUCAUGUUGCAUCGACCAGGCCAAUAACGUCGAACUCCAAACAUCGCUCAAUUCCAUGUUCGACUGGUAUCGCGCCUCAGCGCUCACGAUGGUCUACCUAUCAGAUGUUCCGCCAUCGUCAAAACAAGGUGCUUUGGCAAGGAGCUCAUGGAACACGAGAGGAUGGACCGUACCUGAAUUCCUCGCUCCAAAAGUCGUUCGCUUCUACCAAAGCGAUUGGACUCCAUAUCUCGACGACCACUCUCCCAACCACAAGCAGUCUGUCGCGAUCAUGCGGGAGUUGGAGGGUGUGACGGGGAUAGAUGCACAAACCCUUGUCGCAUUCCGUCCUGGAAUGAUAAACGCCCGUGAGAAACUUCAGAAGACAUCGCGUACUUCAUUAUUUGGUAUUUUUGGUGUUCGGCUUCCUAUCAUGUAUGGUGAGAAGAAGCAAAACGCGCUUGGACGACUCUUGCAGGAGGUCAUAGCUCAGUUGGGUGACAUUAGUGCUCUAGAUUGGGUUGGAACGUCAUCUGAAUUCAACAGCUGUCUGCCUGCUGACAUCACUUCGUAUGAAGUCCCGCCGUACACGCUGUCAUCUAUAUCCGAAGAUGAGAUGCAGAAAUCGGUCUCGUUGCUGCAAGGCACUAUGGUCGUCGGGUUAGCUUUGAAAUUGUACAGCUUGCUCGACCGCUUGAGCGCUCCACGUUUUGCUCACCGCCGGCUGCAUCUGCCAUGCUUCACAUUCGCUGUCACGGAAGUUAGACGGAGCAUAGGACACGAGGAGACCUACUUCAUGUAUAAAGUCAAGGCAGACGGGCUUCAUGACCUGCAGAUCACCACGAAGGAUAGGUUGCCUCAGUUCUCACGAGGAAGACCCGCUCGACAGUCAUUCUUACUUGUCCGUUCCUGGGAUCGUCGUCUUCUCGAUCUGCCUGGCGAAGCAGACGAUGUAGAGAGCGUGGAUGAUUUUGAUCGCCCGGGAUCGCCCGGUGAACAGGACCUAGGUCAUUCAAAGUCAAUCGAGCGUGCAAUGGGAUUGAUUGUUCGCCUUGGACAACCGUUCAGCGCACUUCUGCUAGUGCGGCAACGCGGCGAAGAAUAUAAGAGAAUCGCGUCAGAUCGUGAUAUCAUUGCACAGGCCAAAGAUGCAAAUUCUUUUGACAGUAUGACGAAUCUCAGGACAUUAGAAAUAUUGUAG